UGCCAACCAUAUUUCUUACUAUCAAGCCAUCUUCCUCCUCCUCCGAACCUCUUCCAUAUUCCAAUCCCAAUCCAAUCCCAAUUCAUUGUGUUAGGGUUUUCAGAGUUUCAAUUUCUCAUAUCCAUUUCUUCAAUCACCACUGCACAUGCAAGAUGAUUCCACCACCUCCAAAUUUCCAUUGAAACCCAUACACUCAACGAUACACCAAGCGAUCGCAUUCCUUCCUUUGCUUUCCCUUCGCUAACUCUCCAAAUUCACCGCUGUUCGGAGACAAGAGUAUAGGUGGACAGCACAUAAAAUCUUCAAAAGAUUUCUCAUUCAAGGGGUAGUGUUGCGAUGUUGGCUUCUAAAGAAAUUAUGAAAUUCAAAUCUUACCAGAGCCGGGCUAAUUUGUUUGUGAAGGAAUAUUUGUUAGCCGUAUCUCUAAUUCCAUACACUUCCAUUUUUGGUGGUAUUUUUGCUUGCAAGAUGGUCUAUGAUCUUACUCAUCUUUUUAGUGCUGUUCACUUUAAGAGCUAUUCCAGUCUCACUAGACUCCAACGUGUUGAGUGGAAUAAUCGUGCUAUGUCAACAGUUCAUGCUAUUUUCAUAACAACUAUGUCAUUGUACUUGGUGUUUUGCUCAACUCUAUAUUCUGACAACCAGUCAGCUGAACCUAUUACACUUCGAAGCUCUUCAUUGUCCACAUUUGCUCUCGGGGUGUCUGUUGGUUACUUCAUUGCUGACCUUUGGAUGAUACUUUGGUUUUUUCCUGCUCUUGGUGGAUAUGAAUAUGUGAUUCAUCAUCUGCUUUCGUUAGUGGCAGUAGCCUUUUCGAUGUGUUACAGGCAGGGGCAGCUAUACACCUACAUGGUUCUUAUCUCUGAGACAACAACGCCAGGGAUCAAUUUGAGAUGGUAUCUUGAUGCAGCUGGAAUGAAAAGGACGAAAGCUUAUCUCAUCAAUGGGGUUGUAAUAUUCAUUGCUUGGCUGGUUGCCAGAAUACUUUUGUUCGUGUACAUGUUUUACCAUGUCUACCUGCACUUUGACCAGGUUCAGCAGCUUCACUCUAUUGGGAAAACGUUAGUUAUUUUUGUGCCGAUGGUGCUAUCAAUUAUGAACUUGGUUUGGUUUUCGAAAAUUAUCAAAGGGUUGAGGAAGACGCUGGCGAAGAGGCAGUGACAUUUCUGCUUAGUGAUAUUACUUAGGAAAAUGAAAUACGGGUCAAUGACGUGCAGUGAAAGAUGUAACAGAACAGAAACAAUUGAAAGUGUUUGGAUCCCUUGUGGAUCUGAACUUAUAUUGUAUAAAUAUGUCAAUUCUGCUCCAUUAUGUUCCUAUUCAUGUACAUUUUGGUUUAAUUUAAUAUAUAUUUUGUUUAAU